AUGUCCAUCCUUCCGGUAGCCAAAUCAGUCAGACCAGGGCCACUGCACCGCCGGUCAACUCUCAAACGCUCCUUCGAUGACACCAAGUUCAUGGACACCCCUAACAGCCCGACCAAGCGGACUCGCGUGACCUUCGAUUCUGAUGUCGAGAUAGUGUCUGCGGAUGACGAGGAGGAUGUGGACCCACAGGUGCUUAAAGAACUUGUCCGACGUGCUAUAGAACGACAUAGAGCGGGCGACAAUGAGCCCUACGAGCGAUAUAGCGCUCUUUUCGCCUCAGACCUCAGCAAACCAAAUGCGCCCUCAAUGAAGACGCUUCGAAUACAUCUACAGGCUCUUCUCAGCAACGUUGCAAACCUGACGAAGGAUUGUACUUCCCUCGUUGACGCCGUCAUCCACAGCGACUGGAUCGCAGGCGACGACGCUUACUAUACUUUGGCGGUCCGCUUCCUCAGCAACCUCAUUGCGGCUCAAAAGGGCUUUCAGAACAAGGUCGUGCAUAUGCUAGUCAACCUUCUUGGGCCUCAAAAGACCCGGAGAAUCCUCGACCACAAACCGAUCAGACAACCCAAGAUACACAAGCGAACAUUCCAAGCGAUACGGCACAUCACGCUCAACAUACCGGGCACCUCAGGAUCUCUGGCGGACCGGAUCUCAGCGAGAUUGCACUUCGAGUUCGAGAAGGCGGAAGAGCGAAUGACGUAUGUGCGAAAUUUCAUGCAACUCAUCGAAUACGUACCAGAGCUCUCGUCGAGUAUCCUACAUGUGGUCUUGCAAGAAUUGAUCAAGCUCGAUGUCUUAGUCCAAGAUAGCUUGGAUGAUGAAGACGACAUGGAAGAGGAGCUGCUGCAACACAUGUCCUCGUCUCAAACAUUACUCUACAGAUCUUCUCAGACAUUAGCAGAGAUAUCAAGCGACGAUGAAGACGAUAUCACAUCCAGCGAAGAGUCUGACCUGGAAGACAAUGCGGACAAAACAGCGGAGGAAGUCCAACAACAGAAGAUAAGGGAGAUUGUCAGGCAGGUUGAUCAGAUCAUGGAGAUGCUAUUCGAGUACUACGACAAGCUGAUAACAACCGGCAGCCCCGACGUGCGAAGCAACGCGAUCGCGCAGCUCAAGAAUCAGUUCUUCGCAAACAUCUUGCCUACAUAUGGUUCGAGGCACCCUCAAUUUUUGAUGUUCCAUUUCGCACAAGCUGAUGAGAUUACUAUCGACGAUUUCAUAGCGUCGUGCAUAGAGCGCGUCGCUUCCAAGAGACACAAUCCGAUCAUCCGGCACUCCGCUGCAGCAUACUUCGCAGGUUUUGUUGGGCGCGGAGCGCAUGUCCACAAAGAUCUGGUCCAGAGCUGCACAGAGCUUCUGUGCGACCAAGUCAACGUGCUCCGAGAGAAGUACGACCCGGAAUCGAUGACUGCCGUAAGACGCAAACGAAAAGAGCGGGAGGCGGAUCGGCAGCUUCAAGCAUGCUACGGACCUGAUAUUCGGAAGUAUGGCGAUUUCUAUGCGAUGUUCCAGGCACUGGUCUACAUUUUCUGCUUUCGAUGGCGAGAUCUUGCCUCGACGCGCUCGGACCCCGACGCAGAGGAUGACGAAGUCGACGGCACAGAGCACACCGACUAUCGAUUUGAGGAACGCCUGACAGAGACGUUGACGAUGGCCAUGGAUUCCAAGCUCAACCCACUGAGAGUGUGUACGCCGAUUAUUGUUGACCAGUUCGCCAAACUUACAGCAGCGUUGGGAUUGUUCUUUCUUCCUCCUAAGAUUGAAAGCAACAAGCAAGUCCGAGUUGCCACGCACUGGCGAGGUCUUUCUGACCUGAAUAUCAACCAACCAGAUCGCGAUCAAUCAUGGAUUGGGGACAACGGUAUGAUCGAAGGCUAUUUCCCAUUUGAUCCAUACCAUCUGCCCAUCAGUAGGCACUGGAUUCAAGAUGACUAUUUGGACUGGACAGGUGUACCGGGCGAGGAGGCUGCGAGCGAUUCAGAGGAUGAUGGCAUGCAACUAAUUGACGAUGUGACGGACGAGGAGAUAUAA